UCACGGCUCCGGUCUUGUUGCUGCGGUUACCAGUGACGCAGCAGUAGGCGGGUCGGAGGGGGGGACCACGUGCCCUGUAUAAAGCAGCGCGCACGGGAGCGCGCCUCAGCAGUCUCAGGCGGACCUUCAGAGCGGAGCGGCUGGACUAACGGGACACUGAUCCUCUGAUCGGACUUUCUGCUUUUAAAGUUGAUUAUUUUCCUGCUUCUGUUCAAACUGGCUUCCCGCAGCGCGCUGAACAUGGCGGUGACUGAGGCUGGAUGUGACCUGACCUACUGCAAGAUGCGGGGCAUCGUUGCGGUUCUCACCGCUUUCAUCAAGGAGAGGAAAAUGGGGCUGAACGACUUCAUCCAGAAGCUGGUGUCCACCCCGCACAUCUGCCAGCACUCUGAGGUCAACAACUUCCUGAAGAUCGAUGAGAAUCAGAAUGAAGCUGAAGAUGGAAAUCCAAUGUGUCUCGGUUCUCGGACCUCCCUGGCAGAAGACACUCAGAUCAAACCUUGUGAUUUUGACUACCUUAAAAUCAUCGGUAAAGGCAGCUUUGGGAAGGUCCUGCUGGCCCGACACAAGGAGACCACCAAAUACUACGCUGUGAAGGUUCUGCAGAAGAAGAUCAUCCUGAAGAAGAAAGAGCAAAAGCACAUCAUGGCGGAGCGCAGCGUGCUGAUGAAGAACCUGAAGCACCCCUUCCUGGUGGGGCUGCACUACAGCUUCCAGACUGCUGACAAACUCUACUUCGUGCUGGACUAUGUGAACGGAGGCGAGCUCUUCUACCAUCUGCAGAGGGAGCGCGUCUUCCUGGAGCCCAGGGCCAGGUUCUACGCUGCUGAAAUCGCAAGUGCCCUUGGAUACCUUCACUCUCUGCACAUCGUUUACAGAGACCUGAAACCUGAGAACAUCCUGCUGGACUCAGAGGGCCACAUCGUCCUCACAGACUUUGGACUCUGUAAGGAAGGCCUCGAUCCCAACGGAACCACCUCCACCUUCUGUGGGACGCCUGAGUAUCUGGCCCCUGAGGUCCUGCAGAAGCAGGCGUACGACCGGACUGUGGACUGGUGGUGCCUUGGAUCGGUGCUCUACGAGAUGCUUUAUGGACUCCCUCCUUUCUACAGCAGAAACACAGCAGAGAUGUACAACAACAUCCUCCACAAGGCUCCGGUGCUGAAACCCAACAUCUCUAACGCCGGCAGAGAGCUGCUGGAGGGGCUCCUGCAGAAGGAGCGCUCCAAGAGGCUGGGGGCCAAGGAUGACUUUCUGGAGCUGAAGUACCACUGCUUCUUCUCCCCCAUCAACUGGGACGACCUGAUGGCCAAGAAGAUCAGCCCUCCUUUCGUUCCCUCCGUGUCCGGCCCCACUGACCUUCGCCACUUUGACCCAGAGUUCACCCACCUGCCGGUGUCGUCCUCCCUGUGCAGCGACACGGUGAUGGUGACCAGCAGCAUGAAGGAGGCGGCCGGCGCCUUCCCGGGCUUUUCCUACGGACCCCCAGCGGACCACUCCUUCAUGUGACCGCUCUGUCCUGGGAGAGGACUGGAAGUGGUUCUGGUUCUGACUGAGAGGACUGGAAGUGGUUCUGGUUCUGACUGAGAGGACUGGAAGUGGUUCUGGUUCUGACUCAUAAGCAGAUGAGGUGGAAGGACUCAUGUCGCAGCACCGCCGGCCCAACCACCAUAAACAUGUGCCAUGUGUGGGAACGGGUCAGAAUCCAAACCUCUGCGGACCGGUUCUGGAGCUGCUGGUGAUGUGCCUGGUGUUGGAUAGCGAGAGCGUUGGAAAGCGUCCGCAUGAAACCAGCCUCAGUGGUUUGGAUCUCAGAGGUGAUGCCUUGGUUCUGUUCACCAGGAACCGGUUCCUGUUUUCACCAUGAAGCUGGAACUCAUUCCAGGAAGGAAGGUGAAGAAGAACCCAAGCAGCUUUACAUCAGAACAGUCCAAAUAUCUCCAGGAAGUUCUAACAGAACUAAACCUUCUGGGACCAAACAGAACAAUCUGAUCCGUUUGUUCUGGACCUCACAGCUUCUCUCUACCAUUUAUUAUCUGUAACAACUUCUGUUUACUUUGAGGAACGUCCUGCUUUGAUCUGAAGCAUCUCGCAGCUCCUUCAUCUGUUCGCAUUGAAGGAGAAUCAGCAGUGGGUGAC